UAAGUAGAGGCCGGCGGGGUGCGCUGUUGGGGUGAUGGCUGCCGGCGCGCGCUGAGUGCUUUUCCUUCUCGGCUGCUGAGGCGUCCGCGGCUGCUUCCUGGGUGGGUCGCCAGCCCCGCCGAGCCAUCCCCAGAGCCUCCGCCACAGGCCGUGUGCUCGCCAACGGCAGGUGCGUGCGUCCGUGGCCCUAACCCGCCGCCGCAGCCUGGACCUCGUCUCCCGCUCGGCCCCUCGUUUCCUUUGGAUGAACUUGCGUCCUUUCUCUUCUCCGCCAUGGAAUUCUGCUCCGUGCUUCUAGCCCUCCAGAGCCAAAGAAACCCAAGACAACAGAUGCCCAUACGCAGCGUAUAGCAGUAACUCCCCAGCUCGGUUUCUGUGCCGUAGUUUACAGUAUUUAAUUUUAUAUAAUAUAUAUUAUUUAUUAUAGCAUUUUUGAUACCUCAUAUUCUGUUUACACAUCUCGAAAACCGCUCAGUAAUUCUCUGAUUAAUUAAAGAACCACUACUCUAGAGAAUGGCAUCUACCAUGGCAACGCUGAUUGCCACUACUAUUGCUGCUACUGCCGCUUCUGGUCCAUUGGUGGACUACCUAUGGAUGCUCAUCCUGGGCUUCAUUAUUGCAUUUGUCCUGGCAUUCUCCGUGGGAGCCAAUGAUGUAGCAAAUUCGUUUGGUACAGCCGUGGGAUCAGGUGUAGUGACCCUGAAGCAAGCCUGCAUCCUAGCUAGUAUCUUUGAGACAGUGGGCUCCGUCCUGCUGGGGGCCAAAGUGAGCGAAACCAUCAGGAAGGGCUUGAUUGACGUGGAGAUGUACAACUCGACCCAGGAGCUGCUGAUGGCCGGCUCUGUCAGUGCGAUGUUUGGUUCUGCUGUGUGGCAACUAGUGGCUUCGUUUUUGAAGCUUCCCAUUUCUGGAACCCAUUGUAUCGUUGGUGCAACCAUUGGUUUCUCCCUGGUGGCGAAGGGGCAGGAGGGGGUCAAGUGGUCAGAACUGAUAAAAAUUGUGAUGUCUUGGUUCGUCUCACCGCUGCUUUCUGGUAUUAUGUCUGGAAUUUUAUUCUUCCUUGUUCGUGCAUUCAUCCUCCGUAAGGCAGAUCCAGUUCCUAAUGGGUUGCGAGCUUUGCCCGUGUUCUAUGCCUGCACAAUUGGAAUCAACCUCUUUUCCAUCAUGUACACUGGAGCACCUUUGCUGGGCUUUGACAAACUUCCUCUGUGGGGUACCAUCCUCAUCUCGGUGGGAUGUGCAGUUUUCUGUGCCCUUAUCGUCUGGUUCUUUGUAUGUCCCAGGAUGAAGAGAAAAAUUGAACGAGAAAUCAAGUCUAGUCCAUCUGAAAGCCCCUUAAUGGAAAAAAAGAAUAAUAGCUUGAAAGAAGACCAUGAAGAAACAAAGUUGGCUCUCAGUGAUACUGAAACCAGGAAUCCCGUUUCAGAGGUAGGGCCAGCUACUGGGCCCCUCCGGGCUGCAGUGGAGGAGAGAACGGUCUCGUUCAAACUUGGAGACUUGGAGGAAGCUCCAGAGCGAGAGAGGCUUCCCAGCGUGGACCUGAAAGAGGAAACCAGCAUAGAUGGCACCAUGAACGGUGCAGUGCAGUUGCCUAAUGGGAACCUAGUUCAGUUCAAUCAAGCUGUCAGUAACCAGAUAAACUCCAGCGGCCACUAUCAGUAUCACACCGUGCAUAAAGAUUCCGGCUUGUACAAAGAGCUGCUCCAUAAGUUACAUCUUGCCAAGGUGGGCGACUGCAUGGGAGACUCUGGCGACAAACCCUUGAGGCGCAAUAAUAGCUACACUUCCUAUACCAUGGCGAUCUGUGGCAUGCCCCUGGAUUCAUUCCGUGCCAAAGAAGGUGAACAGAAGGGUGAAGAGAUGGAGAAGCUGACGUGGCCUAACGGAGACAGCAAGAAGCGAAUUCGAAUGGACAGUUACACCAGUUACUGCAACGCCGUGUCUGACAUUCACUCGGCGUCCGAGAUCGACAUGAGUGUCAAGGCCGAGAUGGGUCUGGGCGACAGAAAAGGAAGCACCAGCUCUCUAGAAGAAUGGUGUGACCAGGACAAACCAGAAGUGUCUCUCCUCUUCCAGUUCCUGCAGAUCCUCACGGCCUGCUUUGGGUCAUUCGCCCAUGGUGGCAAUGACGUCAGCAAUGCCAUCGGUCCUCUGGUUGCUUUAUAUCUGGUUUAUGACACGGGAGAUGUUUCCUCAAAAGUAGCAACCCCAAUAUGGCUUCUGCUCUAUGGUGGUGUUGGUAUCUGUAUCGGUCUAUGGGUUUGGGGAAGGAGAGUUAUCCAGACCAUGGGGAAAGAUCUGACACCAAUCACACCCUCUAGCGGCUUCAGUAUUGAACUGGCAUCUGCCCUCACUGUAGUAAUUGCGUCGAAUAUUGGCCUUCCCAUCAGUACAACACAUUGUAAAGUGGGCUCUGUUGUGUCCGUCGGCUGGCUCCGAUCCAAAAAGGCUGUUGACUGGCGGCUCUUCCGCAACAUUUUUAUGGCCUGGUUUGUCACAGUCCCCAUUUCUGGCAUUAUCAGUGCUGCUAUCAUGGCAGUCUUCAAGUAUGUCAUCCUCAGAGUGUGAAGCUGUUUGAGAUGGAAAUUCGGGUCAGUGCUUGGGACCACCUUACACAUUCCUGUUCCUUUGCAGAAUGAUUACAGUGUUAUAGAAGACUGACAGGAGUCUCUUUAAAGUUUGGGAGCUGUGGGAGGGAAGCAUUACUUGUGCUAUAAUUGCUUUUGUGCUAAAUAUGACUUGUCUCAAAAUUAGCUAUGUAAAGUAGCCAGGUUUCCACUGGUUCCUGUUGAGGUUCCUUUUCCUUCUGGGCUGUGAAUUCCUGUAUAUAUUUCUCUACUUUUUGUAUCAGGCUUCAAUUCCAUUAUGUUUUAAUGUUGUCUCUGAAGAUAACUUGUGAUUUUUUUGUUUGUUUGUUUUGUUUCGUUUUAAAACAACCAUUCAGAGCCUUUUGACAGAGUGUGCUCUGCUUUGUUGGUUUCACCAGCUUCUGCCCUAACACGCACAGGGACUUACUUAACAGCAAACACCGUAACCGAAGCUUCCUUUGUAGUCUCUUAGGAAAAUAGUCAUUUGUACCCUGCCCUCCUGCCGGUACUGGCAGGUUCUAUUGGCAUACGUGAACUUCUUAUAAGGACAAGGUUCUUUGGACACGGUGAAAAUUUAAGUUAGUAGUAACUUCUUUGCAAAGCAGUUCACUGACUCUUAUUGCUAAGAAGAAGUAGGAAGAAAAAUCCUUCUGGCAGUCUUGGUUAUUUCUUUAAGAUUUCUGGCAGUGUGGGAUGGAUGAAUGCAGUGGAAUAUGAACUUUGGGUGAGUUAAAUGGGCCAGCCUUCCAUGUUCAUCUGUCUACCUCUUAACUGAAUAAAAAAGCCUACCGUUUUUAGAAAACAUGUCUCAUUGGUUUUGUUCAUAUAU